UUGUCCACAUCUACAGCUACUGUAGUUGUAGGUGUGCUGUACUUUGUGAGAGGCCUCUGCCUCAGCUAUUUCAGGUCUCACUGUGCUGUCAGACUGAAACCAUGAGCGACAACAAGCAAUGGCUGCCAGAAAUCAGAGAAAAACAUGUAAAGAGAGGAGAUGUCCAUGACCUCCUGACAUCACACACAUCCAAGCCUGGUGCACACGGACUGACUCUGCCAAAAAUUGGCAACGGCAGGAUGACGACACAGCAAACAGACGACAUAAAGUAUACAGGUAGUGGUGCAAAGGUUUCAACCCACUUUCCACCUUUACCAGUUAAAGCUGUUCACCCGCAGGAGGUCAAGAAGUUGAGCACAUGCUUCUCAGCCUCCAGACAUGGCUUUGACAGACUGCCCAUGAUACCUGCAGCAUCCAGCAACAAGUAUAGCCCGCUGAAUCAAGACAGAGUGAUGCCUCUACGUCUACCCCCAAUUGAUAUUAAGACCCAGUCCAGCUCCAGCAGCAGCUGCAGGCCAAAGAGUGGAGAUCUCCACAGGCUGCCGUGUAAACUGCCACCAAUUUUUGAGAGGAAAGAGAAGCUCAAGAAGAAGCAUAAGAAGAAGCAUGAGAUGCUCCCAGAUGUAAACGGACACAGUGCUGAGUGGCCUAGAACGGACAAAGCAAAGAAGAAGAAGAAGAAGAAGAAGAAGGAGACAUUAACAUCAAACUUCUCCCAUCAUAUUUUAUAACUUUCUCACAUAAAUGUUGUUGCUGC